AUGUCGUACUCCGGGAGGGCGCGCAAUGCUAGUUCAGCUUGUAUGAUCGGGUGUCAGCUUCACGCAAAAAGCAAGAAGAUCAUCACUUUGCUCCAUCGCCAAUUGCUUCGUGGAUGGGCUCUACGAAUCUCCCUUGAGAUAUCGUUUUCAAGCACUGUCGGAGCAGGAGGCUUCUCAAUCAGCCCUAAACUUGAUUUCCGUGCCGUUGUCCCUGUCAAUUCCGAAGUAUUCAGCGUUCUUUAUGAUGCAGAAAAGAGUUUCAGAACGCAAGAUGUCUAUGCUUUAAUUUUGGAGACCCAGGAGGCUCUAUUUAAAGCUUUCCGUGAAGGUAAAGCAUCAAAGUCGGAUGCUCUUCAAAGCGGCGACACCAUCUUACACGUGAGUGUCACUUUCCCGAUCACGGUUGCAUUCAACUUCUACCCAUCGUAA